AGGCUGAAUGGGGAUGCUUUGACUGAGAGUUCCUGCAUGACAGAAUGGGGUUGGACUGGAUGGCCCUUGCGGUCUUUUCCAACUCUAUGAUUCUAUGUACCACCGUCCCGUCUGGUGAAACUACGUCUCUCUUCUCUUGGCUGGCGUUCAUGGCUAGAAGCGAAGGGUCAUAAAGGAGGCACCCAAGCCCAGGGGGCAGCUAAGGUUGCCCCAUCAUAGCCACGGAGGACUGGCACUGGACAAACAGCAGACAGCUUCCCAGGCCAGCCAGCUUAAGUGAUCUUCUCUUCCCUCCCUUUCUGUCUCCGCAGCCGUUCCCGACUCACAGUCGCAGAGCUGGGCAUCAUGCAUGACCACCAGCAUGCAGCUGGCACAAGAGUGCCUGAAGGAUCAGACCGAAGAGCCCUCCGACACCCCUCAGCACCUGGAGGGGCUGGAGAUGUUUGCCCAAACCAUCGAAACCAGUGAGUGGCAUCUGCAUGGGGAUUGCUCCUUCAAACCAUGAGCCUGGCGGAGCAGGGUAUAAGAAACCCCACACUUCCUACCCUUUGUCUGCAUCGGCCAAACCUCAAAUUGGGUCGGGACUGUUUUCGCCAUAUCCACACCCAAUUUGGGGCUUCGUUCCCCUAACCUGCAUUUAAACAACUGUGUGGGACUUGUGUGGAGAGGCAGCCACCUGUUUGUUGCUGUUUGCAGCAAAACAGAGCAGAUAAGGGUUGAAUUCAGGGGAAAUUUGGGGCCAGAAUACUCUGUGGGGAGUAGGUAAGGUUGGCAUGGGUCUCGGAGUCCAGUGCAGCCUCAUAAUGGUCUGAGAUGAUCUUUCUUUCUUUCUUUCUCUCUCUCUCAGUUCUGUGGAGGAUCGAAGUGACCUUUCUGGACACGGUGAUACGUAUUGAGCCCUUGGGCUACUCAAUAAAUUGUAUUAUUGUAUGUGCCCACUGGGGCUCAAAGCAGCGUAGCCUUAGAGGUGCACAUCAAAAGGUAAUGCUUCCCCCCCCCCAAAGUAAAGAAAUUGCAGGCUGUUUUCAGCACGUUUCCUGGAAUAAUUGAGAGUACUGGUUAUGACUACAAAGCCCAGUACUGCUCUGCCCCAGAUUGUGCAAAAGACAGUCUGGGUGAGAUCUUGGAUGGUGUUGAAAAAGGAUAUUUUCUUCUUGCAGUUAGCCCAAUGCGUUUCAGUCUAGUCAAAUUUAAUGGCCUUCUUUUGUGUACAUUAUACCCAGCUGAUAGCCUUGUAAUGCUUUCAUUCUACAUAUAUUAUUAUGCUGGCUAGUUACCGUAAUGAAUGAAUUGUACUGUGUUGUAAAGUUGCACUGUAAUGUUGAGAGAGAGAAAGAGGAUUGGGAAAUCCAGGGAGUUGUAGCCCCAAACAACCAGUUUUCCAAAACCUGGUCUUGCCUGUCCUGAAGCUCUCUCUUAUUCCAGGUUGGACUACUGUGACGAAGCGGUGAAAGAGUCCGGGCAAACCCUAUCUGUGGACAUCCACCAGCCUCUGCCGUUUGUCCACAAGAUCCUACAACUGAGUGGAGUCCUAUUUUACUAUGAGGAGUUCGCAGAAGCAGGCGCCCGCAUGCUGUCUCCGGUCCCAAAGGAGGCGUCUGAGUCCCCCAGCUCCAAAGGCAAGGAGGCUGCUCCCAUCCCUUUGCUUCAGAUUGGCAGCUGCUCCAGAUACAUGGAGAUGAGGAUCCGGCUGAAGCAGAAUGAGGCCUUUCCUGGACCCAAGCUGGAGUUAGAUGGCAAGAUGGGAUUGCUGCAUCUCUUGAUGGCCCCUCGGCAGAUCUCCUAUUUGCUGGACCUUCUGUGUUCCCUCAACCUCUCAGAGUCCAGCCUCCUUCAGGAGCAGCUGAGCAAGAACCGGCUCCUCGAUUCGGCGGACCUGAAGCUGAUUGAGCAGGACCUCAGUCAGCAGCUGCAUUCGGAACCAGCCCCUGGCUGCGGCGGAGGGGUACGGGGCACGUGGCUGGCGAGAAAGGAAACUGCCAUGGUGGCUUGCCAGCAGAGAGGGGAUCCCAACCCCUGGCAGCCCCUGGCCCUGUGCCCCCGGGCUGAGGGGAGACCCCUUGCUAGCACCUGGGGCAGAGAUGGGCUGGAGGGGUGUGUGUGCAAAAGAGGCAGGUCAGGAGGGAGGGGACGGGGGGUGGAAAGGAGGGAGAGGGGAGUUGAAUAUCUGCGAAAUUUCGUGUUCGCAGGGGUAGCCAAAAUGGAUCCCCGCGAAGACUGUGGGAUAACAACAACAAGACAGAGGGAUGACUGUAUUUAUUUAUAUACUGCCCUUAUACAAUGGUUUGCUGUUUUUAACGUGCGUGGUUUCGUGGGCUCCUCCGUAGUCCUUGGAGAGUUGGCCCCCCUGGACAUGGGAAACCGGUUUCUUUGGGCCUCUUCUCUGUGGCUGCACAGCUGCUAUCUCCUGCUCAAGAACUUCAAAGACAGGGUGCUUCUUUGGGCUGUUUUUACUCUGCAGUGA